GGGAUUUGCUCCGGCCACCUGUUUCUCCCUCCAGAAAAAAUAAAUAUUUAUUUCAUUUUCUUAAAAAUCUCAAAUUAAAAGUGAUAAAUAAAUGGCAUUUAAAUCAGUUUAAGACACUGGUCUCCCUGGGACACUGUUCCACCAACUUUGACAUAAAAUAAACAAAGAAUGGGUGUGAUUUGUUAUCAUUAAAAAAAAUAAAGCUAAAGAACUUGUCAUCCAAUUUUGUAAUUCGACGAUGCAAUUGAAUCUCCCCUUCGUCCAAUUGACGCGGAACAAUGUGCUCGACAAUGUCGCCGUGUCGGAAUGUAAAACGGUCAAAAUUUCGGGAUGUUUUCUCUGCGGGAUAAAACCGCUGGCAGAUUUUCGGUCACUGCCAGAAAAUGUCACCCGGCAGGAAAAAGCGGCCUUGUUUCGUGACCUCUUAAUUAAUCCAACCAUCAGUAAAAAUACGUCGCCGUCAAGUUACAACCAAUUCAUGUCCACCACGGAAUCCUGUUCGGAUUGCUUAUCACUCAUUAAAGAAGUUUGCGCCCUGCGGCAAGAAAUCGUCAGCUUGGAGAAAGAGUUGGAAAACAGGUUGGAAGAAUCUAGGCGAAAAUAUUUAAAUGGAUGUGAAAUAGUCGCUAAUAGUUUGACAGUUGGGCGUAUCAAACUUCACGCAGUCGGGCAAGACCCCUCGUCAACUUUGACCAAAUUAUCUAUUCCAGCGAGAGAAUUUUCACCUAGGCAAAUGUCGCCAGACGUCGAGGACGACGAAAGCAUAGGUCCCGAAGAAGAUAUGUCUUCAGAAUUUGAUGAAGAAGAGGAAUAUACGCCCCCAAACGGCAAACCAACUGGAAGAACAAUGCAGUCGAAAAAUGAGCAUUCUACUAACGCAACCAUAAACCCUUCUGCGAACACCAAGAGCUUGAUAUGCUCCAACUGUGGCAUAACUUUUUCUUGUAGGGACACCGUUAGGCGACAUAAAGGACGACAACUUUGCAUAAACACCAGAAAGAGAAAAAACAAUGAAGGGCUCUUCUCAUGUUCAAAAUGUUGCCAACUAUUCCGCACCAGGAGACGCAAGAUUACACAUGAGAUGCACAUUUGCAAUGUCGUCUACACUCAGGAGCAAGUGGCCCCCUGGACGCUAUACACGUGUCCCUUGUGUGACAAGCAGUUUGUGGCUUUGUACGAUUAUCAACGUCAUUACGGCACCCAUUCCGAAGUGAAGAAAUCAGUCGGUAAUAGUCAGUGUGAAAUACUCGGUGGGCGUAUCAAACUUAACGAAGUCGGACAAUACAACUCGUCAACUUCGGCCGGAUUAUCUACACCAGCAAGAAAAUUGUCACCUGAGCAAAUAUCGCCAGAAAUCGAGGACCACAAAAGCAUAGACCCCGACGAAGAGGAAGAUAUGUCUUCAGAAUUUGAGGAGGAAGGGGAAGAUAAGCCCCCAAAAGGCAAACCAACUGGAAGAACACUGCAGGCGAAUAACGAGCAUUCUAAUAGCUCGACAAUAAACCCUUCUGCGAACACCGAGAGCUUGAUAUGCUCCAACUGUGGCAUGACUUUUUCUUGUGUGACCAGCAUUAGGCGACAUAAAAGACGACAAGUUUGCACAAGAACCAUAAAGAGAAAAAACCAUGGAGGGCCCUUCUCAUGUUCAAAAUGUUUCCAACUAUUCCCCACCUGGAGAUUCAAGAUUAUUCAUGAGAUGCACAUUUGUAAUGUCGUCUACACUCAGGAGCAAGUGGAGCCCUUGAAGCUGUACACGUGUUUCUUGUGUAACAAGCAGUUUGUGGCUUUCUACGAUUAUCAAUGUCAUUACCGCAACCAUUCCGAGGUGAAGGAAUCAGUCGUUCUGGAUCAACUCCCGCGUCGCCAUCGCGAUAACCAUACCCCGGAAAGAAAUCUUAGCUUCGUCGCUGGGAAAUCGGUUGAUUCAGUGCGUCAACAUCAAGAUAAGCUCCUUGAUGAAGAAGAGGAAGAUAUGUCUACAGAAUUUGAUGAAGAGGAGGAAGAUAAGCCUCAAGAAUUUACCCCUAAGCCCCUAAGAAAAGUUAGGCCCAUCACAGAGAAAGAAAUAUCCCCCUAUGAACCACUACUCGGGGGCAAGCUUACAAUCCACCAUUGUUCCUAUUGCACCAGAUGGUUUGUAAAAGAAGACAAUUUAAGGAUGCAUUUGACCACAGACCACGGCUUCGACACGGACAGCGACGAAGUAAUGCACAUUCGUAAAUUGAAGAAGGCUAAGUUUUGUGCAAACGUCAUUAAAAACACCGAAGACAAAACAACGAGGAAGAGGAAACGUCCUGCAAUCACGGAGUAUAAUCCCAACGCCGACUUUUCAAUCAAGCUUGUUGAAAAUUUUCGUGCAAAGUAGACUGAAUUCAAUUUAGUGGAUUGCCCGGCGCGACUGCACACUUCGAUAUCUCUUUCGGCAGUCUAGAUCUUCGGUGAACUUCGAACUCAUAACCACGGUCAUAGUGAGGAGCUUGACCAUGUGGAGGAAAAAAGUGUCAUAUAAAUUCAAAAUGCAUCCACUACAUACUAACUUCAAGCAGCUAAUAUGUAUGAAUGUAAUUCGCCAUAAUUUUUGUAAUUGGGGAGGUUUUGUAAACUUAUUUUAACCAAAUCAUUUAAUUAUUUUCCGCAAUUAUGUAUAUAUAUAACUGUAGAACAACAAUAAAAUUAAUUAAAUUUAAGAAUUUUCUGAAAAGGAAGUAAGUCUACUCGUUAAUUUUCCUGGAGGUAAUCUUAUAUUGUCUAACUCUUAUUAUGAUUGGAUCAAUAAUAUGUGUUUUUUUAAUUAACAAAACUUUUCUACUUGUCUAAUUUAAGUACAUAUGUAUGUAAAUCACAGUCUCACUUUUUCCUGAUUGAUAACUGGUAAUGUAAUUUUACAUUUAAAGAUUCCUCUGUGAAUUAGUACAUAAAAGUGUGAAAAUCAGAGAUGAUGAAUAAAAUGAAACUGGUAAAA